AUGGUCUCGUCUCUUUUGAUGCAACUGGCGCUGUCCGUGGCUUUCAAUGCCUUCUCUACAGUUGCUGCCCCAACAACAUAUGAACCUAAGGAAGGGUUUGAUGCAGUCCCGACAGGAUGGGAGCAGAUUUCUGCUGCUUCAGCCACGGACGUGUUGAGCCUGCGGUUAUCCAUGGCACCUGCUGAUGAGGCAAACUUAUUUGACCUUAUUCUCAACCUCGCUACACCCGGUCACGCAUCUUACGGCCAAUUCUUGUCGGCUGACCAACUCAAAGACCUUGUAGCCCCAUCUUCAGCAGCCUCUGAUGCUGUAACUUCCUGGCUCAAGGAGCAGAACCUGGAUCCUGACGCAAUCCAAAACCAUGGCAGCUAUCUUUCCUUUGCAAUACCUGUCGAACAGGCUGAGAAAAUGCUGCAGACAAAGUUCUACAACUUCAAAAGUACAGCGACGGGCGAGGUUCGCACUCUCACGCUCAAAUACUCCGUACCCAAGUCGAUCGCCAACUAUAUCGAGACAAUUCAGCCGACCACCGACUUCAUUGAAAUCGAUGGUCCGUUACUCCAAACAUACGGAACCGUUGAUAUAAGCAAUAACAGCGCCUCUGCCGAAGCUGGUGUACCUAUUGAGAGCUGCAACCAACAAGUAACCCCAGCCUGCCUUCAGUCCCUGUACGGCUUACCCUCUAAAGGCCUAAACCCAACUCCAAAUCAGGGUCUGGCGGUUCCCGGAUUCUUAAACGAGUACGCUAGUUACGAUGACUUAAAUCUUUUCCUUUUAAACCUCCGUCCUGAUCUAAAUCCUCGCCCUUCUUUCGAAUUCGCCUCCGUCGACGGCGGGAUAAACACUCAGAGCCAGCCCGGGGUUGAAGCCAAUCUCGACAUUCAAUACACCGUCGGCUUGGCCAACGGACUCCAAACGACUUUCAUUUCCGUAGGACUGAGUAACCUUCAAGGAUUCACCGAUGUCUUCAACUACAUACUCCAGCUACAAAACCCUCCUCCAGUCCUCUCCAUAUCUUACGGUUUCAAUGAAAAUGCCUUGUCGCGAGGCGCUGCAACUAGCAUGUGCAAUCUCUUGGCUCAGCUCGGUGCUCGAGGUGUGUCAGUAAUUGUCGCCAGCGGCGAUGGCGGAGUCGCUGGCAGCAGACCUAGCGACUCUUGCAACGCUUUUGUUCCCACGUUUCCGGCGAGUUGCCCAUAUGUUACUGCUGUUGGUGCCUCAACAGCCAUUCCUGAGGUUGGAGCUACGCUCUCUGCUGGUGGAUUCUCAAACUUCUUUGGGCGUCCCCUAUACCAGGAUGCCGCCGUAUCUAGGUAUCUGAAUACCCUCGGAUCCCAAUAUAGUGGCCGAUUCAACCCCAACGGCCGCGCAUACCCCGACGUUUCUGCCCAGGGAGAAAACAUCGUUAUCGUGCUGCAGGGCCAGGGUACUUUGGUGGACGGAACCAGUGCUUCCGCUCCAAUUUUUGCAUCGACCAUUGCUCUCCUUAACGCUGAGCGUAGCCCACUGCCACCUUUGGGAUUUUUGAACCCGUGGCUGUAUGUCCAGAGCGGUGUGUUGAACGACGUCGUCUCUGGUAGCAACCCAGGGUGCAGUACCAAUGGCUUUCCAGCUACACGGGGCUGGGACCCUGUUACUGGUCUUGGAACGCCUAACUAUCAAAAUAUGCAGGGUCUUAUUUAA